CGGGAGGCGCGGCAGGCGUGGCUGGGAGCGCGGCGUUGAGGCGGGUUGGCCUCUCCUCAGAGCUCUGUGAAGGCAGCUGCUUUGGGUGAGACGCCAAGUCACUGCUCCCCGCCCUCAGAGAGCCGAGCUACCUCACAGGCGCCACCAUGACGGCCGGCUUCUGCGUCCCGGUACUCCUGGCCGCCUGGCUCGCGGUGGCAGCCGCCGAGGGCCUCGAGCAGGCCGCGCUGCCGGCCGAGGAGAGCCGCGUGCAGCCCAUGACCGCCUCCAACUGGACGCUGGUGAUGGAGGGCGAGUGGAUGCUGAAAUUUUAUGCUCCGUGGUGUCCAUCCUGCCAGCAGACUGAUUCUGAAUGGGAAACUUUUGCAAAGAAUGGAGAAACACUUCAGAUCAGUGUGGGAAAAGUGGAUGUCAUUCAGGAACCAGGUUUGAGUGGCCGCUUCUUUGUCACCACUCUCCCAGCAUUUUUUCAUGCAAAAGAUGGGAUAUUUCGCCGUUACCGUGGUCCAGGAAUAUAUGAAGAUUUACAGAAUUACAUAUUAGAGAAGAAAUGGCAAUCAGUUGAGCCUCUCACUGGCUGGAAGUCCCCAGCCUCUCUAACGAUGUCUGGAAUGGCUGGUCUUUUUAGCAUCUCUGGCAAGAUAUGGCACCUUCACAACUAUUUCACAGUGACUCUGGGAAUUCCUGCAUGGUGCUCUUAUGUUUUUUUCGUCAUCGCCACAUUGGUGUUUGGCCUGUUCAUGGGUCUGAUCCUGGUGGUGAUCUCAGAAUGCUUCUGUGUGCCUCUUCCAAGAGCUUCCUCUGAACGCUGUGAGCAGGAGCAGAGGCCCCAGGAGGCUCAAGGAGCUGAGCAGUUACAGGAUGCAGAGGAAGAAAAGGAUGACUCAAAUGAAGAAGAAAACAAAGACAGUCUUGUAGAUGAUGAGGAAGAGAAAGAGGACCUUGGAGAUGAGGAUGAAGCCGAAGAUGAUGAGGAAGAGGACAACUUGGCAGGCAUCAUGGAUGAGGAGAGAAGUGACACCAAUGAGCGAUGCGUUGUGAAGGAGGGCAGUGUGUCCCCGAAGGAUGAUGAAGCUCAUCCAGCUGAUACUCAGGAGGUGGUGGAAGACUCCUUGAGGCAGCGCAAGAGUCAGAAUGCCAACAAGGGAUCUUAGGUUACAUUAUGCUAUUUCUAAAAAUAUAGGCCAAAAAAACAAGUCUGUUUCCCUCUGGUCUGCAGUUUAAGCCAAAUCCUUAGUUUUUGUUUUGUUUUGUCUUUCUGAUUGAGCAGUGUUCGCUCAAAGAUCAUCUCUGACCCUGUGGUUACAUGGUAGUAAGCCUCCGUGUGUUAGGACCUUUAUGGGCACUUGUGUAGAACAAGUUGAUGUGCUUGGAAGCCAAAGAGUAAAUCAGAGGACUUCUCUGCAGUUCUCAUUAGCACCUUUAGAAAUGAGGCUGUUGCUUAAUAAAGUGAGAGCAAAACCACCCCAGAGCAUCUUUGAAGUACAGAACGCCUUUGCCUUCAUUGUUAAACAUGUGUUUUAGUCAUGUCAGAAACAUCAAGUACCACAAGCGCCCCAGCACUGUCUUGGGGCUAGAAAUCGUGGAGACCUGGGUAUAGAUGCAACUUUAGAAUGGAGCUAGGGAGUCAUCUAAGCUCUUUUGGUCUCUGUUGUCUUUUGUUUCUUACCUUUAAUCUCUGACUUUUCCACUUUGCACAUGCAGACUCCCACAUUUCACAGCUGUUCUGUAGUGAGACGAGCAGGCAGCAGUGAUCUGCAUGGAUUACCCUUAUUUGAAGUAAAGCUUGAGGUAAUCAGUAACCACAGCUGAUGAGACUAAGACUGCCAAGUGUCUCAAAGACAUGCUGUACUCUGAAAAUUCAAAAGGUAGUAGCAGUUUCACAGGACAGGUUUAAACAUCUUGUUUGUGUCCUGUAGUUACAGGAUAACUUCAACAGUUUCUUCAGCCACAUUCUUUGUUUUUCUGAACCCAAAGUUCUUUGAGUCUUGUCACUAUAAGGUAGUUUUAUAAAGCUGACUUUAGGUCUGUGGUGUUUAGUUUCCAUCUCAAGGAACUCUCUGGAACCACUUUAAUAACAUCUGAAAAGGCAUGUCUGCUUUGGUUUUAGUGAUGUGCUUUUGGUGAAAAAUAUUGAUGAAAGUUAAUAUCAAGAGGUGAAAGAUUUGAUUUGUUUCUGUCUCCCUUGAUCCUCAAGAGAAUUGUAUGGUUAUAAAUCUCUCCCUGCUCAAUCAAAUAUCAGUAUCAAGGAACACAGCUUCCUUAAAAAAAUAUCUCCAUCUCCUCUCUUACCCUCUCAUGUCUGAGAAUAAAUCUAUAAAAUUAGAUUCUAGCUAUAUGAAAGAUGACUAAAGUCAAUCUUAUUCCCCCUUGGGUUAAGUCAAAAUCAGUAUACAGGUUUGUGAAAUUCAAAAUGUAUCAUCAUUUUUAAAAGGGAUAUGUAGUGUUACUUAUCUCUGGCUGCUUAGAUAAUGUUUUCUUUGCAUUAGCAGCCAACAGGAGGGUCAUUGGUAGUGAGGUUCAUAAUCUGCCCUCCUGUACUGCAUAAGGCUGUUACAAACCUUGCACAAAGGAAGAUUUUAUUGUGACAAUCUAUUCUUUAUAAAUGUUCUUAUUUCAUCUUUGUAACUUAGUUAACUGUCAGUUCAAGGCUGAGGCCAUCACAGAACUGGAGACCUUACUUCUCUUCCAUGUUCCUGCCCUUCUGAUACAUCCUUUGUUUUGUAGCACCUAUUCAUCUUCCUGCUAGAGCUGAGCUGAACCUUCUCUUCUGCCAGUGUAUUUCCUUCCUUUCCUUGUAAUCAGAUGCAUGGGGUGGUUAAGGAAUAGUAAAUCCGACUUCAGAGUGAUGGGAAAGGGAUGGUGUGCAUUCCUGUUCUGUGAAGUACCCUCCUCCAAAUUGACAUACUGGGUUUUAAUGGGAUAUUUGACAAGAGGGAAAGCUUGAAGGAUUACAGUCUGCCUUGGCUUUGAUAAAUCUUUUUAAGCCAGGUUCCAAUGGACCACAAAUACUAUCUAAUAAUAUAAUGAGAUAAUAUAUUUCCUUUCUUAAUAAUACUUAAGAGAUAUUGGAGGCUGGGAGAAAAAGCCAUGGGGAAGAGGGUCCAAUCCCUAAAAUGAUAUUUAUUUGUAGGAACUAUUUUUUUCCUAGCUUUUCUGUUUUUAACAUCCUGGCCAAAAUUGGGUUUCUAAUAAGUAGUCCACGAACUUAAUUUCUUUCCAUUUGAAACCUUUUACUUUAUUUUCAAUAUGUUCAUAUAAAAUGAAAGAAAAAAUCAACUUAAGAUUAGAUAAACAAUAACUACUACAUUUUUUGUGUACAUAAUAAAUUUAAUUCAGAAGUUAAGUGCAUGGAAACAAGAUUUUAUAAAACAAAAACUAACCAUGCUUCCCCUCCAUCACCAUACCUGCUGUUUAAUUGUAGACUGCUAUUUUCUGUAUGUUAAAACUAGGUGAAUCAGAUAGCAAUUGUGGAAUGAGGGUGUAUAGUGCUUUGUGGACAGGUAGUUAGAGAAAGCUGCCUCGUUCUUCAUUGGAAUAUCUGAAAAUUCCAUUACCUCAUUUGAUCUUUUUUUCUUAACGUUUCACCUCCUUAACCAUGCUUGACCACACUGGCUUGCUUAGAAUCUCAUGGAAGCAAUGCAUAGGCAGUUCACUCUUUUGUUGUUGUUAUUGUUUUGUUUUGAAGGCUAAUCAUGGAACAUGGAAGAGAUGGCUCAUUCACUGCACAGGCCAUUGUGCUGCAUGACAGUCACUGCAGUCUCAUCCUGUACAUAGGAUCUGUACCUGUCUCUAUAGUAACUAGUUCAGUGGAAGGCAAACAAGCUUGACACAGAUCAGCUUUGGACAGCUGAAGAGCUACACUCUCACUUUUUAGGGUCAACCCCUGGCUGAUAAUUAAGAUAUUGCCAUGUGGUUUGAGUAUAUGUAAGCUUCAAUAAGUGUACCUUGUAAUAUCUUUUGGGGAGGAGAUUAAAAUACUAGUUAAGGGAAUAUCUAUUAUGUGACUUUUUGUGCGUUGGGAAACAAUGGAGGUCAAAGGGAAGAUUUAAAGGAUUGAAAGGGGUGAAAGAUAUUUCAGCAUUAAAAUCCUAAGCAUGAAGUGAGAGAAAGGAGGAGAGAAUGGUGCUUUUGCUGAUGUAUACAGGUUUCCUGUGUUCUUCCUCUUAGUGUCCCACUGUUAUUCCUGCCAGUAUUGUUUAUGUGUGAUUGACUAGCCUGUCAACUCUAUCAACUGUUUGGAAAGUAUUUGUGUAAAUCUUUGUGCCAACAAGAACUCUCCCAGUGUUGUGUCUCUUUAUCUCAUUGAUCUGGUCCUUGUGAAAUUUUAGCUUGUCUGACAGAAGCCAAGGUAAAGUCUGAUGAAACCUGUUGGGUCAGUUCUUUGAGCAGCUACCCAAAGCAGGCAAUUCAACUGAGAAACCUGGGACAUCUUCAGCCUAGCAUGUGGACCUCAGAGGCAUAUUUUCUAAAGUAUUGUUGUAGACUGUAAUGUUCACCUGUGGCAUUGACUCAUUUCUAAUGUGGUUUAAUUUUAUUUGUUUUUGGACAGCUUUAUAGAAAUGCAAUUUUUAUACUAAAGACACUGUUCAUUUGUGAGUCAAUACAUUAUAAAAUGGUGUGUUUAUUUUGUGUAAUAGUUAUGAUUGUUUAGCCCAGCAUAUUUAUUUUCCAUUACCUGUGUAUUCUGUGCUCUCAAAUAGAUGUGUAGCAAUUGAAAUUGAGAAAUCAGUGCAUCAUUUCAAGUACUACAUUGCCUGUAUAACAGAUUCCCUGAUCACAGAAUUGUAUAUAACCCUGAGCCUAUGUACUGCCAUUGUCAGGUUCCAUUUGUGUCAAAACCUAAGGUAGUGAUGACCAAGUGAAACUGUGGCGUAUUGCUUUUUCAUAUGAAUAUUUUCACAUAAAAGCAUUUGUGAAAGCAGUUGAAAAUACUACUUUGUUUAAAAAAAUUUCUUCUGUGUUUA